UUCUUCUCAUGAUAUAGUGAACUCACACCUCUCACAGUGUAGGACUAUAGGACUGUAGGUAGGGGUCGGGUAAACCCGGUUUGGGGCGGACUACGUCAUCGCGGGGAUUCCCAUUUCCCUCCUGUCAGCCUUGUGCCUUCCGCUUCCAAGUUCCUAGACGCUGUGGAGGAAAGCAAUACAUAUACGACUGCUAAUCCGCCGCCAUCUUAUUGUCUCGCAAGAACUAAAGAAGUACUGAAAAUCAUAAUCACCAACACCCUACAACCUGUUCCGGCGACCAUGUCUACCGUCAUUAUCACUCUGAAGAGCGGGGUUGAUGCGAACGAGCUGGAGAAAGUCAAGAACGACAUCCGCGACCAGGGCGGCGAAAUCACGCAUGAAUCCAAGCUGAUCAAGAGCAUCCACGCCAAGUUUCCGACGGAUAAAGUGCACACGCUGGCAACGAACGAGAACUGGACCGUCGAGGCGGAUCAGGAGGUUAGGACUCAAUGAGGAGGUCCCGACGUAAGAACGGACAAUUCAACGAGACACCAAUGUAGCGUUAGGUCUUAGAAUCCCAGAAGCUGCUUGGUCAAUUGACUGGCACGCAUUAAAACCCAGACUUGACCACUCGUAGCAGCUUGGUGAUAAUGCUCGGGUUGAGAAUGACUAGCUUACAUCUUCACUGCAAAUCUUCGGAACGUCUGCGUCGAUUACGAGAUAUCUAGAGAACGGUCGAAUUGGGCUG